AUGCGGUGCGCUGUUCACCGGCGCGCUUGCGGUCAGCUUUACGACGUGAUGGCUGGAGCAGGGUUCCGCAACUGGCCCAAGGAGAACCUGACCUUGAACUUGACUGUGGAAGUUAUGGCUACUUCCGGCUUGGGGAGAACGAUGUUGAGGUGGAGUGCGGGGGUUGUGGAUACUGCCGCCAUGGCCGCUGCCGAUGCCUUCCGUGGUGUGAGGAAGGCGCUCCCGACUGCCCACGUUGAGGUGGAGCUUUGUGAAUAUUGUCGGUAUGGCCGCUGCCGAUGUUUUCCAGGGUGUGAGGAAGGCACUCCAGAUGUUGCAUGCGAAUUCAGGCAAGACUUUACACGCUGA